UAUCGAGUUCUGCUACGGGAGGGAAGUCUGAGAAGGGAGAAGACAUUGGCAGAACAGCGUCCAGCGGUGUGCGUCUGCACGGUGAAGCAACAUAGGGAGGAGGAGGAAGGGCGUAUAAGGAAGUCAGGGAGGGAGAGAGAGGACUCGUUCUGUUCUGAGACCCGGGUCAGAACUGCUACGUCUGCCACCAUGCCUGGAAUGAAAGUCUGCAUCAUCGGUUCGGGAAACUGGGGGUCUGUGAUCGCCAAGAUCGUGGGCCACAACGUGAAGGGGAACAACCGCUUCGAACCCGUGGUCAAAAUGUGGGUUUACGAAGAACUGAUCGACGGGAGGAACCUGACUGACAUCAUCAACUCGGAGCACGAAAACGUCAAAUACCUGCCGGGCCACAAGCUGCCCGGGAAUGUGGUGGCUGUGCCCGACAUCACGGAGGCGGUGAAAGGGGCCAAAGUCCUCAUCUUCGUCAUCCCUCACCAGUUCAUCCAGAGGCUGUGUGAGCAGAUGAAGCCUCACGUCGCCCCCGGAGCCAUCGGGAUAUCGCUCAUCAAGGGGAUCGACUCGGGCCCCUCCGGCCUGCGGCUCAUCUCGGACCUCAUCAGGGAGAGUCUGGAGGCGGACGUCAGUGUGCUCAUGGGCGCCAACAUCGCCAACGAGGUCGCCGACCAGAAGUUCUGCGAAACCACCAUCGGGGCCCAGAACCCCGCCAACGGCCAGCUCUUCAAGGAGCUGCUCCAGACGCCCAACUUCCGCAUCACGGUGGUAGAAGAGAGCCACACGGUGGAGCUGUGUGGAGCCCUGAAGAACAUCGUGGCGGUAGGGGCGGGCUUCUGCGACGGCCUGGGCUUCGGCGACAACACCAAGGCGGCGGUGAUCCGCCUGGGCCUGAUGGAGAUGGUGGCGUUCACCCGGCUCUUCUGCUCCGGCACCGUCUCCUCCGUCACCUUCCUGGAGAGCUGCGGCGUGGCGGACCUCAUCACCACCUGCUACGGCGGCCGCAACCGCAAGGUGGCCGAGGCCUUCGUCAGGACCUCCAAGUCCAUCGAGGAGCUGGAGGUGGAGAUGCUGAACGGCCAGAAGCUGCAGGGACCCCAGACCUCUGCCGAUGUCUACAAGAUCCUGGUCAAGAAGGACAUGGUCUCCAAGUUCCCACUUUUCUCCGCGGUCUACAAGAUCUGCUUCGAGGGCAAGGAAGUGAAGGAGUUUGUCACAUGUCUGCAGAACCACCCGGAACACAUGUGACCACCACGACUCACCGCGAUAGGCCAAUGGGAGGCGUGAUGACGCAAGGUUAUAACCACUAAAGGAGAAGAGGAAUGCUAAUGAUUGCAUAACUCAUAAAAAAUCGAACAACUCACAUUUAAAAUGUCUUAAAAUUGCCCGAAAAGGGUUGUUCUAGUUUUGUUAAGUUUGAGAAAAGGGGAUGUACAUUAUAUAAGCUUGUUUUAAAAUAAUUGAUUGAAAUUCAUUUACAUUGGCGCUGCGUGCCAUUUACGCACGGUGCUAACUCCUAACACUGGGAAUAUUACUUUCUUGUUGGAAAGACAUUAACGAGACGUUGAUAAGACAGGUAUUUCUUGGCAGAAAGACUGAAUAAACAUUGACUAGAACGAUA